GGGCACCGAGUCGUCUGGCAAGACUGCGGGCUCCGAGUCAACAGGCACGACAGUGGGCACCGGGUCAUCAGGUAUCGGAUUGUCUGGCUCGACAGCGGGCAUCGGGUCACCAGGUAUGACAGCGGGCACUGGGUCACCAGGCAUCAGGUCAUUUGGCUUGCCAGCGGGCACCGCGUCAUCUGGCAAGGCAGUGGGCACCGGGUCACCAGGUACCGGAUCAUCUGGAUCAACAGCGGGCAUCGAGUCAACUGGCCUAAUAGGAUCGUCGGGCUGGAUCAGUUCAUCAUGCUGAGUAGCGGCAUCAGGCUGAAUGCAGGCUUCAGGCUGAGUAGAGGCUUCAGGCUGAGGAGAGGCUUCAGGCUGAGGAGAGGCAUCAGGCUGAGGAGAGGCAUCAGGCUGAGGAGAGGCAUCAGGCUGAGGAGAGGCAUCAGGCUGAGAGAGGCAUCAGGCUGAGGAGAGGCAUUCAGGCUGAGGAGAGGCUUCAGGCUGAGGAGAGGCUUCAGGCUGAGGAGAGGCUUCAGGCUGAGGAGAGGCAUCAGGCUGAGGAGAGGCAUCAGGCUGAGGAGAGGCAUCAGGCUGAGGAGGCAUCAGGCUGAAGAGAGGCAUCCG